AAAGGGCACACCCCAUACCCAGUCCUUCUGUGUCCUUCCAGAACCUCCUCUUCCUAUGAGUUUCGCACCUGGGAUCCAGAGGGAGUGAUUUUUUAUGGUGACACCAACCCAAAGGAUGACUGGUUUGUGCUGGGACUUCGGGAUGGCAGGCCUGAGGUCCAGCUUCACAAUCACUGGGCCCAGCUUACAGUGGUGCUGCCUGUGUCUGAGACAGGUCUCUGGGCCUCUGGCCAACAAACCCCAGCCCAUCAUGAGGAUCGCGGUGGGGAGGCUGCUGUUCCCUGCCUCCAACCUCUGGUUACCAUUGGUCCCUGCCCUGGAUGACUGCCUGCACCAGCAUGACUGGCUGGACCAACAGGCCCAGAGCUCAGCAUCUGUCCCCACUGGCCUCAGAAGCUGCUCCGUAGAGUCUCAGCCUGGGAUAUUCUUCCCUCCAGGGACUGGUGCAGAACGCAGUCUUCAAGACAUUCCCCAGCCUCAUGUAGAGCCCUGGGCCUUCUCCCUGGACCUGGGACUCCAGCUAGCAGCAGGCUCAGGCCCUCUCCUUGCCCUUGGGACCCCAGAAGACCCUCCUCGGCUCAGCCUUCACCUCCAAGAUCAAGUGGUACUGUCUUCUGGGUCGGGGCCAGAGCUGGACCUGCCCCUGGUCUUGGGACUCCCUCUUCAGCUGAAUCUGACUGUGUCCAGGGUGGUUCUGAGCCAGGGGCCAAAGAAGGAGAUGCUUACUCUGCCUCCUGUGGGUCCUGGCUCCCUCUUCAACCUCUGGGCCCAGCUGCAGGGGCGUCUCUUCCUGGGGGCUUUGCCAGGAGAGGCCUCUUCUGCCUCCUUUUGCUUGGAUGGCCUUUGGGCACAAGGCCAGAGGCUGGACAUGGACCGGGCCUUGAGCAGAAACCAGGACAUCUGGACUCACAGCUGUCCUCAGAGCCCAAGCAAUGGCACUGACACCACCUAUUAA